UUCAGUUCAAUUGGAUAUUAAGAACCGUAAUAAAAUGACACCAUUGCUUGAAGCCGUCUCAAGGGGUCACCUUGGAAUGAUGCACAAGUUGAUAGUAAGAGGUGCAGACAUAAAUGCUGUCAACUAUGAAGACAAUAAUUGUCUGCACCUUGCUGUGGAGACGGUAUUUCAUUCUGAUGUUGAACCGUUGAGUAUUUUGAAUGAGUACUGCAAAGGGCUCAAGCUGAAAAAGGAAGAAAAGCUCUCUGGUGUGGUGGUUGCUUGUUAUCUAGCCCACCAGGGUGCCAACUUUUACUGUGAAAACAAAAAAGGCUUAAAUCCACUAGACCUCCUAACAAAUGCAGAUCUGAAAGAAGAAUUAAAGAUAUUAUUCCCACCACAAUGUUGGCAGUGUCAAGAGAAAAAGGCCACUGUCACUCUCCAUCCUUGUCGACAUAUUGUUCUUUGUAAGAACUGCUGUUCUAAAAUAACAUUGAAGAGAUGCCCCAUGUGUCCACCAUGCAUACCCAGCAAAAGUGGAUUUGUGACUGCAGAGUUAAGUGAAAAGUUUUUCCAGGAUAUCGCACAGCAGUUAGGAGAUCAAUGGCAGCAAGUUGGGAGGAAUUUAGGAAUCAAAAAUGUCCAGCUGAAUAUUAUCAUGUGUAACAAUCCAAAUAACACUGUAGAACAGAGCUUCCAGAUGUUGUACCGGUGGUUUACAAGUUGUGAUCCAGAUACUCGGACAUUCAGAACACUAAGAGACGCCCUUCAAGCAGCUCAGUGUUUUGACGCACUGGAAUAUCUAUCGUCAGGAGAAAAGUGAAUCCCUAUGUAAAUGUUGAAAUUGUUUAGUCUGAGGUCAGCCUUGAUCACACAGAGACCAAUGAUCAAAUGCAUUCCAGCCAGGACCCUCCUGCCUUUAUGUAGAGAACCCAGGAUCACAUUGUCCAAUGUGUUCUUCUUUAAGCUGAUAAUUGUGAAUUAAGGAGGAUUUGGCUACUAACUCUAGCAUAUCGAUCUACCACAUAAAAGAUUCCCAACUGAUUUGGCCCCUUUUCUUUCUUAGGGCUUAAGUUCUGAA